AUGCUUGAUGAUUCCCAAGACCCUCAUCGUCCACAUAAAAUGAACCGGCGCAAUCAGGUCAUACAGUAUGAUGAAGUAGGGGACCGUGCGGGUGUUGUGGGCAGAGAGAGGAGGGCGGCGAUGAAGAAGAAGAGGAUGAAGCCAACGGGCAGCCAUUUGUCCUUCAACCGAGGGAUGUUCUUCAAGAGCCUCGCACCAUCUGCCCCUUCACUCACUCAUCCUCUUACCAUUGUCUCCAUGAUUUCGACCAUGCCCAAUGGCCUCAGGAGUCAUUUCUCGACCACAGCAUCGACAAGAUCAAUUCAUAUCGAAACGCCACUCCGGUUAAGGACGCCUCCGAUGGCGAUGAGGGAGACAGCCUCUAUUCUCAAGCGCUCUUAUGGAAGGCUGUCCAACACUUGCCCCGUCGGCUCUCUUUGGCAAGAAGCCUUUACCACUUCCGGAUACGUGUCCGAGACUCCCAAGCGCGGCUACCACCGACGGUCGAGGUGUCGACACCUCCUGAGUCUACGUAUCUCCACGUACGUUUACACUUCUACCCGCCAAUGUUCAUAUCACCCGCCCUCAGGUUGGCCCCACGCUUCCCCGUCCUCUUCCAACAGCCGCUGGCCUCGCAGUAUCGCCGCCGCCAAGUACUCCCUCGCCGUUAGCCCGAAAUCUACCGGCCUUGACAACCUGGUCAAGGCGUACAAAUCAAGAGGCCGGUAGGGUCCGGGCUAACGGCGAGGGAGUACUUCGCGGCGGCGAUGCUGCGAGGCCAGCGGCUGUUGGAAGAGGACGGAGGAAUCGGGGUCAACUUUAGUGAUAUGGUGAUCGGCGCGGAGAAGUGUGAACGCGUGUCAACACUUGUCCCUACAUGAUAACAGACGAGGUUAGCACGUAUUUCAUAUGUAUUGAAAGUCAUCACGCCAG